AUUGCGUGGGUAUGACGUCACGCGCGGCUUGACACUGCGAGGCUCACAACUUGACAGGCGGUGGCGGGCGGGGUGCCAUGGUCCGGGCCGGCCGCUGCUGCCGCUGCUGUUGCCGCUGAAGCUGUUGCCGCCUGGCGCCCCCCUCCCCACUCGGCUCCCCACCGGCAGAGCCGCUCAGAGACGGCGACAAUGACGCUGAUAGGAGCGAGCGACUUCGUGGCGGAGGCGAUGGAUGAUUACAGCGCGCCCACCGCCUCGGACUUCGGCAGCCGCAUCGCGAGCUGCAGACACACCGUGAGCACGUUGGAGGAGUACUUGGACGUCGACCGCAAUAUCUUGCAGAAGAUUAAGAAAGCCGUGAAAGCCAUCAACGCGUCCGGACUGGCCCACGUGGACAGCGAGGAUGCUCUGUCACAGGCUCUGGACAAGUUUGGGAAUACGUUUCUGGAGCGGAACGAGAUCGAUCUGGGCGAGGCGUUCACGAACGUCGCCUCGUGUACCAAAGAGAUCGCCGCCGUCCUCAAGAACAUGAUCUGCAACAUGACCAACAUCUUGGUGUUUCCGCUCGAGUCCGUGCUCAAGGGUGACUUCAAGGAAGUGAAAGGGGAACUAAAGAAGCCGUUUGACAAGGCUUGGAAAGACUACGAGACGAAAUUCUUGAAAAUUGAGAAGGAGAAGCGCGAGCAGGCCCGGCAGCACGGCAUGAUCCGCAACGAGAUCACGGGCGCCGAGAUCGCCGAGGACCUGGAGAAGGAGCGCCGCAUGUUCCAGCUGCAGAUGUGCGAGUAUCUCAUCAAGGUCAACGACAUCAACACCAAGAAGGGCGUGGAUAUCAUGUACAGCUUCAUCUUGUAUUUCCAAACGCAGUACACCUUUUUUCAAGAUGGUCUCAAGAUAAUGGACAAAUUCAAGAUGUGCAUCGACAAGGCCAAAACUGUGCUGGAAUCCGUGACGCAGAUGCAGGACGAGGAGCGGAACCAGCUGUGCGUGCUCCGAGACGUCCUCAAGACAGCCAUGCCCAGGGAGUCCCGAGAGGAGUCGCAAGCAAAGUUGGCCGGAUACAACCUGCAUCAGCUGCAGAGCAACAAGAACUUUGGCAAUGAGAAGACGGGCUUCCUGCUCAAGAAGAGCGAUGGGAUACGGAAGGUUUGGCAGAGACGGAAGUGCGCCGUGAAGGGUGCAUACCUGACCAUCUCGCAUGCCACGGCGAACCAGCCGCCUGCCAAGCUGAACCUGCUCACGUGCCAGGUGAAGCCGUGCCUGGACGAGAAGAAAUGCUUCGACCUCUUCUCCUACAACAGGACAUAUCACUUUCAGGCCGAAGAUGAGCUGGACUGCUUGAACUGGAUCCAGGUGCUGGUGAACGGCAAGGAGGAGGCGCUCAACAGGGAGUUCUUCAACGACAGCGGUGGAGGCGUCGGUGGCGGCUAUGUGGAGGGCAGCAGCGCCGAUGACCUCACCAAGGCCAUCAUCCUGGACGUGCAGCGGCUGCCCGGCAACAACAUGUGCUGCGACUGCUCCGCACCCGACCCGACGUGGCUGUCCACCAACCUGGGAGUGCUGACGUGCAUCGAGUGCUCGGGCAUCCACCGGGAAAUGGGAGUGCACAUCUCCCGCAUCCAGUCUCUCAAGCUCGACCGCCUGGGCAACUCCGAGCUGCUGUUGGCAAAGAACGUUGGCAACACGAGCUUCAAUAAGGUCAUGGAGGCCGAGCUGAAGAGCACAAAUACGGCCAAACCCACGGCGAUGAGUGACAUGGAGGCGAGGAAGGGCUUCAUCAUGGCCAAGUACGUGGAGCGGCGCUUCGCCCAGAAGCCCGAGGCGACUGCUCAGGACCUGCGCGUGGCCUUGGUGGAGGCGGUGCACGAGAGGGACGUGCUCAAGCUGCUCGUGGUGUCCGCCAGCGGGGUCGACCUCUCCGCCUCGCUGCCCAGCACGCGUGGACAGGAGGCGGGCGAAACUCCACUGCACUUGGCCAUCCGGCUGGCGGAUGUGUCUCUGCUGCACAUCGUCGACUACUUUGCGCAGAACUGCCACAACAUGGACAAGCAGACGGAGAGCGGCAACACGGCGCUGCACUACUGCUGCCGCCACAACCAGACCGAGGGCCUCAAGCUGCUGCUGCGGAGCAAGGCCCACACUGACAUCAAAAACGCCGAUGGAGAGACUGCUCUGGAUGUGGCGCGGAGACUCAACCACUCGCAGUGCACGGAGCUGCUGGAGCAGGCGAUCGCAGGGAUCUUCGGCACCCGGGUGCACGUGGAAUACAACUGGAACCUGCAGCAGGAUGACUUUGAUGAGAGUGACGACGACCCAGAUGAGAAGGUGAGCCCCGUGCGGCGCGAGCGCGGCGCCCGCCCCGUCAGCUGCUACCACUGCCCAUCGCAGCAGCACCUGAGCCGCGAGCGGCCCGGCUCGACGCGCGAGCGGCGCGCCCCGCCGCUGCACGGGGUCGACCCGGCGUCGCGGCAGCUCUCCACGCUCGCCGGCGCCACCAAGCGGGUGGCGGCCGAGGUGGCGGCCGCGGCGGCGGCUGCGGCGGCGGCGUCGGCUGCUGCUGCUGGGACGGAUUACAGUAACGGCGGGCAGCAGACGGACGUCUGCACGGCACCUCCGCUACCUCCUCGCAUCGUGGGCAGCGCUAUCAAGGGCCCACCCGUGCCGGGCCUCCCCGGCCUCGCCGCUAACAUGGUGGCGGGCAGCUGCAACUCGAUGUCGCGGAAAAAGCCGCCUCCUCCCCCGCCCGCCAGCAGCCCCGGCUCGGGGCACAAGCGGACCCUGUCGGAGCCGCCGGGGGUGAUGCCGCCCACGCCGCCCGUGCGCGGCUCCUCGGUGCUGCGCGGGUCCAACGAAAGCUCACCGCCUCCGCCCCCUCCCGUGGCCAAGCCAGCGGCACUUUGCGACAUCGGCAAUCGGCAGCCAAGCCCUGACAACAAGCUGCAAGCUGGGAAACGGCCAACCAUCCACGGCCUGCGUGUCCUGCCCAAGACGCCUCCUUCCGCCUCAGCGCUGAGGAGGAGGUCAGAGACAACGGGGAGCACCGAGUCCCUGUCGCAGCAGCAGCAGCAGCAGCCGCCGCCUGUCAACCCGGCCGCCAGGCCCGUGCUCCCCGGCACCGCGAGCCGCACCCCACCGCUGGAACGCCUGGGAGCCAAGCCUCAGCUGCCGGACCACCCUGGACACAAACCGCUGGCUCCAGAUCCUGGGACGAAGCCACAGUCUAUGAAUCACCCCAUGCCCAAACUGAUUCCGCCCGACCCUGGUACGAAGCCUCACCUCCCGGAUCUCCCUGGAGCCAAACCUCAGGCCUCCGAGAACCGGGCCAGACUGCAGAUGCCAGAACUUCCUCCGAGCAAGCCGCAGACUCCGGAUCCUGGAACCAAGCCCCAGCUUCCGGAUCAGAGAAGUAAGCCGCACGCUGCGGACCAGAGCCUCAGGCCGCAGCCGCUCGCGUUGGCGCCCAAGCCUCAGCUGCCAGAUCCGGCGACCAAGCCGCAGCUCGCCGAACUCACGCCGGUCCGGCCCCGAGCCCCCGAGCAGUCGGCCAAACCGAGCCGGUGGAGCACCGAGUCUGAGAGGGCGGCGAACAGGAUUUCCCGUGGCCCCGAUCCUCCGAUGCGACCGCAGAUGCCGCCGCCGCCACCGCCGCUGCAGCGGCAGCAGCACAGCAAGCGCGUGUCGGGAUCCACGGAGGAGGUGCAGGCGAUGGAGGAGCAGCUGUCGCCCUCCUCGCCGGCGCCACUUCCUCUGCCGCGCAAGACCGUGCAGCGAGUGAAGACGAAGAAGCGGCGCGUGAAGGCCAUCUACGACUGCACAGCCGACCACCCCGACGAGCUGACCUUCCACGAGGGCGAGGUGCUGCUCGUGGUGGAAGAGGAGGAUGCGGAUUGGUGGAUCGGCCACGUGGAGGGUGAGCCGGAGAGAACGGGCGUCUUCCCCGUGUCCUUCGUCCACAUCCUCUCGGACUGACAGCGCAGCAGGAUCUCACGUCCGUCUGAAUCGUAGCUGGUCUUAGAUUCAGGGGACACGCUCGCCCGCACACGCAAGGGCCACAAACACACGAGCACACAGCAAGACUUCAACCAGCGUACCUACGAAUAAUAACACAAACGAGUGCAAACAAUAUUAAUCUUUCCACAUGUGCUCUCACAUGAGGAAGUGACAUGGGAAUUAAAUUCAAAUUCCAUCCAGUCCUGUCUUGUCCCUUUAACAUUGACCCUACCCCCAAGUACCCUUCCCAACAAACAUUGUCCCAUCCUGCUCUGUAAGCCUGUCGCGCACACACACACCACAAAUACUACCACAACAACAGCCACCAUUCGCUACUAAGUGGCGGUGACGUCACCACGGCACUUGUGCCAGGCCAGGUGCACAUACACAAAGACGCGUCUAUAUUUCACCAUACAUCCACAUACUAACAAAGACACACGUGCCAUGCACACACAGAGGUGCACGUAAAUAAUAACAUGCAUACACAUCGUAACAUGCGCACUCACACGCACACGUACUUACGUGCACACAAAUACCCAAUGUUCCUCCCGUCCAAUCCCUUUGCUCAAUUCCCAUCCAUUUUCAUGGGUUUUUAUUCCAAUUCCUGCAUGCCCAUGUGGUGCAUGUUCUCAUUCCCACAGCACUUCUGCACGGUUCCCUUCCUAACGGCACUCUCCAAAUGCACGUGAGGCCUAGAUGGUUCCAGCAUGUUCCACCACGAUUUAUAGCUGAUACGUUUAAUAAUUUACUGCCCUUUUCGUUCCACUGCUGUUUGAAUGCUUCCUAUCGCUGUGUCGCUCAUGGAGGUUGUUUGACCAUACUUCACCAUGCUGGUAAGUGCUGGCUGGUGAAAAGGGAUGACCCAGGACCGGUUGAGAUUAUCACUCGUUACUACUCUUCUUGCGUAUGGCAACAUAUUCAGGGGGCUGAAUGCCAUUGUCGAUCUUGCAAGCCACGAGAGGGCUUCUUUUGAAAGAGCGCAGACAGUGGUUUACCGCAUGGUCCAUAGUUACUGACGAUAGCCGUGAGCUGGGAAUCCAACUCCGAUGGCAGUGUGCGUAUAACUGCGCCACCACGAAGAUUAUGAAGAGCCGUGUGCAUUUAAACGAGAAAGGUUGCAUGACCAAUCUGGCUGCGCGAUGAUGAAGCAGCAAAGACCGCAAAGUCGAUCAAAGACGCCGUCUAGAGGUUCGCUUUAACCACGGGCCUGGCGUGUAUAUGUACAGGUGUAUAUGCUGUGUAAAUAGAAACGGCCUUUCCAUUUGCAACCCGCUGCAGAUGCUGCCUUUGACUCCAGUUUUGGCUGGUCACCGAAACUCGCCUGUUGUAUCCGCGUCGCAGUAAGACUUGGGGGGUGGCCAAGCUUUCCCAGUCAAUCGCCUUGUUUCCACGUUCAAUGUGAAUUAUAGAAGAACAAUAAUGAUUAUAAGGUAAAAACAAUGCAAUGCAUACGUAUGGGUGAUCAUUUGUAAUCUCUUUCCUGCAAUGCCUCCCACGAGCCUCCUUAGUUGUGAUCGUACCCUUGCUGACCCUUGCCCCAUCACACUGGCAUCUCAACACUUGAGGGCUCAAUGAAAGUGAUGGGGGCACAAAGCACAAUUAAUUGUGGGAGACGCCACCAUGGUUUUUUGCUUUAGUAUUUACAACCGGGGUUUAAUCGCUUACGUUAAACCCAGUUUUCAUAACCCUCCUCCAGAAGACUUGAAUCCCGCCCCGACCACCCACCUCCCAGCAAUCUCUUUGCAAAAAUAAAAACAAAGUGCUGCCUAGGGGCGUCGCCAUAGCCACAACGUCGUAGCCAUUUGAUUAUCACUGCCAUGGGGCUCCGCCGUUAGUCACGUAACUAAUGAAUCCAUCGUUGGGAAGAAACUUUGCGAGCCCCAUCACGUGUGUGAUCGUUCGAGUGAAUGAACAUGGAGUAGCGUAGGUUCUUCAACUGGCAGCCCCGUGGGUCAGACCUGAUCCGCAAAGGCUCUUACAAGUGGUCCACUGAACUGUGGCCUGCCGAGAGAUGUUGACUCACCGAGACCUAAAGAGAUUAAGAUUCAUGUACUGAAAGCGAGGUUCACGAGAGGUAUGCGACUUGGAGAUAGGAGGUAUAGAUUUGUGGUCACAUGCACAGACGUUAUAAUAUCACGACGCCAUGUGACUUUAUCCCGAGUGUAUACAUGACAUAAGGUCAUGUGAUCCACAGCAGACGCAACAUUUUUUGGCCCUCCAUAAAAUGCAGUUGAAGAGUCCUCGAGUGAAAUGUGUAUGUAUGUUGAACUUGUUUUGCACCGUGCUAAACGGAGGUGCAGGAGAUGGAACAUGGGGCUGAUCCUUCAUUGCACUGCACGCAUUGCCUAUCGGAGAUUUAACAGCUCUUACAUUGUCUCGUCUGUUGUAAUUAUGUUUAUGUCAAUUUUAAAUGUAUGUUGACUUUGUGACCGAGUAUAAAAAUCUCGCAGUUACCCAAUAACUUGCUGUUGAAAAGUCAAUUGCAGUUUGAAACGUACGAGGAGGGGUUUUGUGAAUUAGAAGAUGUGGAGAAGCUACCCAGUGAUGAGCGCUGUGCAUCAUUAAUUUUAACAAAAUUCAACCAAAUUGUUUUCCGCCCUCGAGUGUCCACGUUGUACCGCAUGUUUGUUCGGCUCCACGUAGCUUCCUGUGCCGGGUGGCUCCUUAGCAUCGGAGAGAUCCACCACGUGGAACGAAACGCUAGACAUCAGCGCUACACGGCAGCACAAACCGUGACAAACCUACGGAGCCUAAUUUGUUUUUCGUCUGAGAUUCAACAGGUCAAGGAGCUCGGAGCACUUUGAAUUGUUAAGCUGCCUGUCACCGUUUCACCACUAUUAGUGUUUUUACAUGUACACAUUUUUAAUGCCAGCUAUUAAUUUCAUUAGAAUAGUUUGAACGUAUUCCUAUUCCGUUUUAAUUUCCCCCCAUUAUCAUCACAUUAUCUCAUAAUUAUCAUUGAAUUGUUGUAAUAAAAAACACAUUGUAAACAAUGUCAAUUAGUACAUUUCAAUAUUGUUUUUGGUCCAAUAAUUACGACCUUUUUACCAUCGACGACAUUGUCCGUAAUUGUCACCGAGUUUUUUUUGUUCAAUAAAAAUGCCAUUGGCAUUGUUAUAAUUGUCACAAUAUCAUGAUCAAAUUAUCAGGCCCAUCUUCUGGCUACGUUUACGAACUAUCAUUGCAUUAUCAUGUGCAUCCAUCCAUAUCAACAUCAUCACGUCGCGAUGAAAUAACAUUUAAUGCCUUCCCCUUGUACAUAGCCAUUUCCUUUAUUGUUUUAAAAAAUCCCAUAUCGAAGUUUGAGUAAGCUCUUGUCACUCAGCACUUACAUAUUCAAAAUCCAAGUCUCGUCGUCGUCUAGUGUGCAUACAUAUACAUAGCCGUUCCCACUCACACGGUUUAGUUUGAUCCCUCCCCUCCGUGGAGAGUUGAUUGGGAUCGAUCGCAGAGUCGACCCGCGUGUACGUAACGCAGCGCGGAAGUGUUCCGAUGAUCACGGCGCACGCCGCACAUGAAUGAAAUAUUAAUGUACGUAUGUAUGUUGAACUUCUCUCGCGCCGUGUACGUAGCCAACCGAGGUAUUGAUACAGUACCUGUACAUUGCGUUCGGUUAUUAUUGUACUUGAUGGCCCAACAGUUGGGAGCGCGGUGGGACGCUGCUGUCAGACCUCCCGUGUGUGCACGUGUUGUAUUCAAACGCCUCUUCCGACUGCACUGCGUCAGUGCUUGAGCAUUCUAAGAAUAGGCGGAGAGAGCCUGGGCAGCACACGUGUGCACCGUGCACACACUUGCUGAACAUGUCGUGGAGACAGUUCCAGACGCCAAACCCACGUUCGGUUGGCACGUCGGUUUGUAAAUGCAUUUGUGACGCCUGCAAGCUUGCCACGUCGUGUAUACAACGCCAUUUGUGUCUGCGUCCCGUGCCCGAUUUAAAUUAACCUCUUGAGUGUCAAGCUCGUCCCAUGAAUAUCAUCACUACACGGUCCCCAAUCCCGCUGACUGAGAGAGGCUGAAAGCGCUUCUUCCUCUACGUUAAUAAGCUAAGUCCGUUUAUGUUUUGGGCGCCUGAUCAAAACUCUUUGUGUGUGUGUGUACACACCACAGCCAGCUUAAUUGCCUCGUGUGUACAAGGUAUUUGGGCUCUGUUGGUGGCAAGCAAGCCCAUGGUUUACACUGUGUGGGCAAAAGCAAUACUAUUCAAGACACGGAGAACACAUUGCCAGUAAAUGAACAAUCCAUGCAGUCGCGAGGCGGGGAGGGGCACGAACCCCCCGCGGAUGCUGUGUGUUGUUGGGCACGGUUAGCGUGAAGCAUGUUAAUGCCUGUAUCCUGCCAAACUUUGUACAUUGUAUUAAAUGCAUUAAAAGGAAGCAUAUGUUGCGAUGCAAGGUCCUG